AUCAAGUCUUAAUGCCGCAGGCACAUAUUACUAUGAUCAAAUAAUUGAUCAUAACGACAAAAAGUCGGGAACUUUCAAACAACGAUAUUUUGUUAACUCCUCUUGCUAUAAACCCGGUGGACCAAUAUUUAUCACCACUGCAGGAGAGAGCUCAAUAGUGAUAAGCGAAGUCUCGCAGUCUGGAAUCAGCGAGAUCGCUUCAUUUUUCGGUGGCCUCUUGAUUGCAGUUGAGCAUCGUUUUUAUGGGAAGAGCUAUCCUCCGGUACCCGAUCUUCAAGCAAAAAACCUGAAAACUCUGACAGUCGAACAAGCCCUAGCAGAUUUCGCUAGAUUCAUCGCUUAUCCUCCGGAUAUACCCGUAAAAAUUCCGAAACAUUCCAAAUGGAUCUUUGUCGGAGGGUCGUAUGCCGGUAAUAUAGCCACAUGGAUGCGAGAAAAAUACCCCGAGUUAGUGUUCGCCGCUUGGGCCUCGUCCGCUCCACUAUUAGCCAAGAUCAAUUUCUUCGAGUAUGACCAAGAGGUUGGCCGCGUUUUGCCAUGUCGUAAGGAUGUGGCAGACGCCAUAUCAUUUGUUAAUGAAGUUUUGCUUUCCGGCAACAAAACUGCUAUCAAUGCACUCAAGGCACAAUAUGGGCUUGGCGUGUUGGAAAACGAUCAAGACUUUGCUUCGGCAAUAGUUCUACCGCAAUCAUCAAUCGUUCAAAGUUAUUUUCCACCAUUGUCAUCCAAUGACAUUGACACGAUUGCUGCCUUUUGCGGAGCGUUUUCCAGUGCACCUAACAAAAAUCCUGCUACUCUGAAUGCAGUGCUUGCCGAAAUUUUCAAGUUCUAUUUGAAUACCACCGGGCUGACUAACGAUAAGGCAAUCGCCGAUUUUUUCGCCACCACCUCUAUUUCUCUAACCGUACCCAACGAUGUUGCCACUUAUACCUAUCAAUUCGGAUGGUAUCAAACCGCGCCAAAGCCACCACUUCAAAGUUACCGUCCACAAAUAGUAAAUGUUGCCUACUAUCAGUACCAGUGCGAUUUCCUAUUUCCGAAAAUUCCGCCACCACAAGUGAAAAAGACAAACUCCGAGUUUGGUGGUAACACCAAGAAAUUCUCGCGAACAGUAUUCGUUACCGGUGGAUCUGAUCCAUGGACACCACUGACGAUAAGUGGUUCCGACAAACAUACUAUUUCAGAGAACGCUGUGUUCAUUAUUGUAAACGGGUCUCAUAUUAAUGAUCUGAGAUUUCCCAGUCCGGUGGAUAGUGCCUCGUUGACAGCGGCCAGGAAAUUCGUGAAGGAUAAGUUGUCCGAAUGGUUGAAACACUAUUAG